AUGGCAGAAAAUUCUCCAUCUCCCUCACCUGAACGAGCAAUUUAUGGAUUUGUACUGUACUUAGGGACUUACUUUGGAGUUGGUGAGAGUUUAGAGAGGAAAUGAAAUAUGUAAUUCAUGUAUAAGAUCAAAGACGAUGAACACCAGCAGUCUUAAAUUUUUGAAAAUCACAGUUCAUUUUUUAUUUAACUUAAUUAAAAUAAUGGCUACGGUUUGAUCUCUGGAAAUUAUAUUGUCCAUUUAUCGCGAUAUCCCUCUAGAAGAAAGCCAGGGACAGGGACAGUUGAUUUGUACAACUCACAACGUAUUUUCUUUGCUUUUUAUGUUGUCAGGUCUUUAUUUAAUCUGGGCAUGUGUUCCGGAAGAAUGGCUUCACAGUAUUGGAAUAACAUAUCUUCCACAGAGGUAUGAAGAAGCAAAAUCAUGUAACUUGCACACACACUGCAAUCUGACUAAGAUCCUGGGUAGGGCUAUUGGUAGUAGGAGGGAGGGGGGUGGGGUGGGAAGGUACUCAGGCAGGGAUGGAUGGGGAUGUGCUGCCUCUUCCUCCAAUAGUCUGUACUAGAUUGGGAGUCGCAGAGUCAUGACCCUUGUUGAUUUAACCAAUACCUACAUAGGUAUAGCCUGUAAACAGACGUUUUAUUUUUCUUUUCGUUCUUUUCAAAAGCUGGCGGUCAAUAAAUCUCCCGCAGUUUAGAUUUUAUCGCGCUUGGCGGACUUGGAAGAGAAAAUGGAGGGUCUGUGAACAGGCUAACAUAGGUAUUUUUGAUGAGCACCCCCACCCCAUCCCCCAACCAACACUUGAUUAUAAAGGGGUGGGUAAGGGGUCAUGGAUGGGCUGGUAAAAGAAAAAGGAGGACAGGAAGGAAAAGAGAAAGGCAAAGGUCACUUCCUCUCCCAAUUCACUGCUCUGUUUGGAAUUUUUGUCUAUUGCCAACUAGGAGACUAGUUCUUAGCCCGGGAAGAAAACAUGUUUGCUGACUGAAAAACAAAUAGAAAUUAUGACAGUUUUACUGCAUACCGAUAAGGAAACUUAGUAGGGGCUUAUUUUUUAUCUUUACUUUUUCAUUCACUAGGUACUGGGUGUUAGCAGCACCAAUUUAUCUUUGCGUUGCUUUUGUUUUUGUGGUGAUAUUUUAUGUGGCCUACAAUUUUACUAUCACCCUACCAGUGGAUUCAAUCAAUACAAUCACAGGUUUGUAAAGCAUUCUAUUCAAUACUUUGGACUCUGUGGGGUUACUAACUCAUACUGUCUUGUCGUGACUUGAAGGUAGAUGUAUGAUGGCUGCCAUGUGUUACACCCUAAAAUGUUCCAUAAUGCUCAAACCUGACUGAAAAAAGAUGUUGUAAAGAACAUAAAACUGUAAAAGCCUCACAAGGAGAAAACAGACAAUGUACAACUAAAAUUGAUCCAUUGUUUAAUGAAAUCCUACCUGUGGUCAUGUAUGAUGACAAGACAGAUCAAAAUAUAACAGACCACCCAUGGGAAGUGGGGGUAGUGCUCCUGGGAAUUCUUAGUGGGGGUGUACUGCCUGGUUCUCCAAAUCCUGACCAAAUUUCAGACCAAAAAUUGUCAUUUUCCACACCCGUUUUCAGACCUGAUGUCUUAAAUCCAUACCUGUUUUCAGACCUGGCCUUUAGGCAGAAAUUAUGUCAUAAUUACAUAAUUAUAUUAGAGUGCGAACAAAAAAUUUAGAACUUCAAAUGCAUUUUGAAUUCACAUAUUUCUAUUUCUUUCUUAUUCAUUUGGAAGUGAAAUGAUAAACAGGUUCAUGUGCUUCCGUAGUUCCUUCGAAAACCAUACCCAAUUCCAGACCCUAACCCUAACCCCUAACCAAGGCGCUAACCCUAACCAUUUUCCCCUUUAAUUUGGCAACUGGCUCUGUUCAGCUGAAAAAUGCACAGUAUUUCUAUUGUCAUGUAUGUGUAGAGAAGUUGAAAGAACAAUGUUAUUAAUGAAAAAUAUUACUGACAGUAAGUAGGCAGUAAUAUUUGCCAUACUUAUGCUAGUCUUAGCUUAUUAACCUCAAACCAUUUUGCUUGUUAAUGGACUGAUACGACUUCUUGAUUCACGCACAAGUUAGAAAAUUCUUAGCCACCUACAAAGCCCAGAAACAACAUACCUAAAAAGGUAUUCCCAAAAAUAUAACGCCUAGUAUUUUCUUAUCCAAAGUCCAUCAUGUAGUAAAAAAGUGAAUCUGAAUUAAUUGAUUCUUCAGGUGUUGUGUUCUUCAUUUUUUUUUACUCUGCAGAUACACAUGCCCGGUAUGAAGGUGAAGACACAAAACCAGUGCUGCCUGGCUCAGUACCCCCACUCUAUGAUAUACCACUCCGUCAGGUGAAUAAAGUACUCUAUGGAGACAGAAUAACAAGUUACAGCUGUGAUAGUCAUUAG